AUGGCAAGUCAAGAUGUUGCAUCGAUGGUGCAAGGGAGCGGAGCAUACGCUUCACCACGCCAGGAGGUCAUCAUCCACAGGACCGUGCGGGACGUUGGCGGGGCCAAUUGGCUGGUCCUCACACGCACAAACUACGGCGAAUGGGCGGUGCUGAUGAAGGUCAAGUUGCGUGCGCGCAAGCUUUGGCGGGCCAUCGAGGAAGGCACCGAGGAUGAAGAAGAGGACUGCGCAGCGAUGGAAGCGAUUCUGUCCGCUGUGCCUCACGAGUACGUGGAGUCGCUGGGCGCAAAGGACUCCGCAAAGGCUGCUUGGGACGCCCUCAUGGCCAUGCGCAUCGGGUCUGAUCGCGCAAAGAAGGCGAAGGCGCAGCAGUUGCGGCGGGAGUACGAGGCGCUGGCAUUCCGCGACGGCGAGGCAGUGGAGGAUUUCUCGCUCCGUUUGCAGUCGCUCGUCAGUCAGCUGGCGGCACACGGCGUCACCAUCACCGACGAGGAGGCGGUCGCAAAAUAUUUGCGCGUCGUGCCGCCUAAGUAUGCCCAGAUAGCGCUCUCCAUCGAGACGUUGAUCGACAUGUCCACCCUCACGAUUGAGGAUGUGACUGGGCGCUUGGGGGUAGUGGAUGACCGCGUGGAGACGGCGACGAUAUCUACCAGCGACAAGUUACUACUGCCCGAGGAAGAAUGGGCAGCUCAUAUGCACGAGCGGCGACCCGGGGAAGGCUCCUCUAACCGUGGCGGCUACGGCAAGCACCGUGGCAAGGCCCCGCAGAAGAAGAAGGAUGGCAACAACGCACGUCCGAUCGAUAAGGACACUUGUCGACGCUGCGGGAAGACAGGGCACUGGGCCCGAGAUUGCAAGAAUCCUAAGAAGGAGAAGAGGGAGGCGCACCUCGCGCAGGUGGACGACGAGGAGCCAGCUCUUCUCAUGGCAACGACCUGCAAGUUGCACGACGUCGAGCCAGAGUUGGAGGAAGUCAAGGCGGCAGCUACAGAGCAAGGGAAGGCACUGCAGGCCGUUCACCUCGACGAGUCGAGUGCCCAAGUCCACCUUGGACGAAUGGGCGGUGGCAUGGAGCAGAGGUGGUACCUGGACUCCGGCGCCAGCAACCACAUGACCGGCUCCAAGGAGGCCUUCUCCGAGCUUGAUGACGGCGUGACAGGGACGGUGAAGUUCGGCGACGGCUCGAAGUUGCGUUCAAGCAUCAUCAGCAUCGGGCAACUGGACGAGCACGGCUGCGAGGUGCUUGUCAAAGGCGGCGUGCUAAAGCUCCAGGACCAGGAACAGCGGCUGCUGGCUAAGGUCCAACGUUCCCGGAACCGCCUUUACCUCCUCGACUUGAAAGUGGAGCAACCUGUGUGCUUGGCGGUACGACACACUGAGGAGCCAUGGCUAUGGCAUGCUCGUUUCGGCCAUUUGAGCUUCGACGCACUCGGUCGGCUGAGGAAUAUGGUGCGCGGGCUCCCGCACAUCGAGCACGUAGGCGAGCUGUGCGAUAGCUGCCUAGCAGGGAAGCAGAGGCGGCUGCCUUUUCCAAAGGCGACCAAGUAUCAUGCGGCGGACGUCCUCGAGCUCGUCCACGGCGACCUCUGCGGGCCGAUCACGCCGGCUACGCACGGCGGAAGACGCUACUUCCUGCUGCUCGUGGACGACUGUAGUCGUUACAUGUGGUUGCAUCUCCUGACGAGUAAGGAUCAGACGACGGAGGCGAUCAAACAGUUCCAGACGCGGUCUGAGGCAGAGUCCGGGAAGCGGCUGCGCGUACUAAGAACGGAUCGCGGUGGUGAGUUCACAUCUGUGGAAUUUGCCGCGCAGCCUGACGUCUCGUUUCUGAGGACGUUCGGGUGCAUUGGCCAUGUGAAGAAGACGAAGCCCUUCCUGUCCAAGCUUGAGGAUAGGAGCACACCGAUGGUGUUCCUAGGCUACGAGGAGGGGAGCAAGGCCUAUCGGCUCUACGAUCCACGUGGAGGCAAGGGUGUGGUCUCGCGAGAUGUGGUGUACGACGAAAUGGCGGCGUGGGAUUGGGAGAAUCCUGGCACGGGGGAAGCCCGUGGCGUCGGCGGUACGUUUGUCAUCGAGCAUUUGGUGAUCCACGGAGGAGGAGAUGCGGGAUCAGAGGAGCCAGCUGCGGACGCGCCAAGUCCAGCAACUGUGGUUGCGUCAGUUAAGCCGCAAAGUCCGGCCAUGGGCACGGGCGAGGAGUCUCCACCAGCAGCUGCGCACACGCCCCCACCACAGUCCCCUGCUGCGGCAGGACAGGGGACACCUCCAGCGACGACAGUUGAGUUCACCUCUCCUCCAAGCAACAUCGACGAGUAUGUGGAUGCCUUCCACGAUGGUGAGGAAGUGAGGUUUCGCAGGAUGGACAACCUCGUUGGCAACUCGGUUGUACCAGGCUUGGCAAGCCGAUUACUCGAAGAUCAGGAGCUGCUCUUCGUCAGCGCAGAGGAGCCAUCGACUUUCGCGCAGGACGAGCGCGAUGCUAGUUGGAGACGAGCUAUGCUAGAGGAGAUGAAGGCGAUCGAGGAAAAUGAGACGUGGGAGCUCGUCGAUCCACCUCCAGGCUGUCAUCCAAUCGGCCUCAAAUGGGUCUACAAGGUCAAGCGGGACGAAAGUGGCGCCAUAGUCAAGCAUAAGGCGCGCCUCGUUGCUCGCGGUUUCGUCCAGCGUAAGGGCAUCGACUUUGAGGAAGUUUUUGCACCAGUGGCACGCAUGGAGUCAGUUCGCCUACUGCUGGCCAUGGCAGCAGCGAAGGACUGGCGCAUUCAUCACCUGGACGUGAAAUCGGCCUUCCUCAACGGCGAGCUAGCGGAGACUGUCUACGUCAAGCAAGCCCCGGGCUUCGCCGUCAAGGGAGAGGAGCACAAGGUGUUGCGAUGCGAAAGGCACUCUAUGGGGUGCGACAAGCCCCGCGAGCGUGGAACGCCAAGCUCGAUGUCACCCUGGGAAGAGCUCAUCGUCGGCGUGUAUGUGGAUGACUUGAUCAUCACCGGGGCAAGAGAAGGGGACAUCAACGGCUUCAAGCGCGAGAUGGCAGCUCGUUUCCGCAUGAGCGAUCUCGGGCAGCUCUCCUACUACCUCGGCAUCGAGGUGAAGCAGGGGAGAGACUCCAUCACUCUCUGCCAGCGUGGGUAUGCGAGGAAGCUGUUGGAGCGGAGCGGCAUGGCUGACUGCAAAUCAUGCGCGACUCCGAUGGAGGAGCGGCUGAAGCUGACAAAAGCCAGCACCGCGGCGAAGGUGGAUGCAACACUCUACCGGAGUAUCGUCGGCGGGCUACGCUACCUAGUCCACACGAGGCCAGAUAUCGCAUUCGCCGUGGGCUAUGUCAGCCGCUUUAUGGAGGACCCUCGAGAGGACCAUUGGGCUGCAGUAAAACGGCUGUUGCGCUAUGUCAAGGGGACAGUGGAUCAGGGCAUCAUUUUCCCCAAGACCGGCGACGGAAGUGAGCUGCGGCUCACGGUUUUCAGCGAUGCAGACAUGGCAGGCGACAUUGAUGGGCGGAAGAGCACCUCCGGUGUGCUCGUCUUCCUUGGAUCGGCCCCAAUCUCAUGGCAGUCGCUGAAACAGAAGAUUGUGGCGCUGUCUACGUGCGAGGCGGAGUACGUGGCGGCAGCCACAACGGCAUGUCAGGUGGUCUGGCUGCGUCGGUUGCUGGGCGAACUGACCGGCAAGGAAGCUCGUCCACCAGCUCUGAUGGUGGACAACCAGCCUGCCAUUGCCCUUGCAAAUAAUCCAGUCCUCCAUGAUCGGAGCAAGCACAUCGAUACCCGUUUUCACUUCAUCCGUGAUUGUAUCAAUGAAGGACAUAUUGUUUUGGAGUUUGUCGAAUCCGGACGACAACUCGCAGACAUCCUUACCAAGCCACUCGGCCGUCUUCGGUUCAUGGAGCUAAGGACCAAGAUUGGAAUGGUGGGAAACAAGCAAGAACAGCAGGAUUAG